AUGACAAUCCAAUACACCGAUAUUCACCAAAGUAGCUAUUCAAGCGACUAUAGAACACUUAACAAAGUUAGUGAUACAUCGCAGUACCUCAGAAUAUCUGCAAAAUGUGAAAUUAUUAAAGAUAAUUGCUUUAGCAAACUAAAUUCAUUAAUUUCAUUCACAUUUGAAGAAAAUCCUAAUUUAGCGACAAUUGAAGCUUAUUCAUUUUAUUCAUGCACAAAUCUUAUUCAAAUUAAUUUGUCUAUGUGUACAAAACUCACAAAAAUAUCUAACCAUGCAUUUAAUUCAUGCCCAAAAUGUGUUGAAUUGUAUUUACCCAAAGGACUCCUUGAGAUAGGAGUAAAUUCAUUUUCUGGUGAUCAAGAAAUUUCCAGUAUAAUAAUUCCAGCUUCAGUAAAUAAGAUAGAUAAUGAAGCAUUUACUAAUUGUAAAAAAUUAGAAAACGUUACGUUUGAAGAAGGUUCAAAUCUAGCUCAGCUUGAUUCAAUCUUUAAAUUCACUGCGAUUAAAUCAUUUGAAAUUCCACAAAAUUGUAAAAAAGUCGAUGGAGAUUUAUUUAGUGAUUUAACAAUAACAAAUCUUACAAUUCAUCGUGAUAAUCAUUAUCUAAUUAUUGAAAAUAAUACUGUUUUUUCUGCUGAUAAAAGCACUUUGUUCUUUUUUUGCAAUAGAUCUUUUCAAACAUAUGAAAUUCCUAAUUAUGUAACUAUUUUAGGAAGGAAUAGUUUCUAUCAAUCAAAACUUGUCACAAUUACAAUUCUUGAAAAUGUAACAACAAUAGAUUACUAUGUUUUUAAAAAUUGUAACAAUUUGAAAAAUGUUACAUUUUUAGGAUCUGUUUAUUCUUUUGAGAUUGGAGUAUUUGACAAUUGCAAUAAUCUUGAACUCUUUAUUUUCAAUAAUUCUGCAACUAUUACAAAAUCUUAUCUAUUAAUAUCAGAAUAUGUAAAAAAUGCAAAUAUUUUGUUCAAUUACAAAGUUCUAUUUGAUAAGAGUGCAAUUUCCAGAAAUGUUAAUGUUUCGAUUUCAUAUCUGAAUGAACCUAAUCUAAUAAUCACUCCAAUUGCAUUGAUUAUGAACUCUAUUCAAACAGAAAUUUAUGAAUAUUAUGGAUAUAACUAUAAUGAUGUUACAAUUCCUAAACAAGUUACAAAAAUCAGAAAAAAUGCAUUUGAAAACUCAACAAUUCCUAAAAUUGAUUUUGAAGCUGAUUCAGAACUUUCUGUGAUUGAAGAUAAUGCAUUUCUAAAUUGUUCAAAGAUAAAUACAUUUGACUUUACUUCUACCAAAUUAAGUUAUUUAGGAUAUUCUGUAUUUAAGAAUUGCAGUGAAUUAGCAUUUGUCAAUUUUGCAACAACAAAUUUUGAAGUGAAUGAUAAUUUGAAUGAUAAUUUGUUUGAAAACUGCAAUAAACUUGUUAAUAUAAGUAAUAUCAAUAAUACCUCUGAUAGCUGCUUUCUUGACUGCGUGAAUUUAACUAAAGUUUCUAUCCGAGAUGGUUCUGAGCUCAUUGGAAUUCGAUCAUUUGAGAAUUGUUAUUCAUUAGAAAUCAUCAAUAUUCCUUCAACUGUUCGAAUUAUAUCAGAAUAUGCAUUCAUUAACUGUAAGAAUCUCAGUUCGAUUAUAUUCGAGUCACCAAACUCUCUUGAGAAAAUAUCAAUUAAUUCAUUUUCAGAAUGUGAUUCUCUUAGAAAUAUUAGUGAUUUUUUAUCAUUGAAAUAUAUUUGUACAUAUAACACUAUAUAUUAUAUAAAUGGAUCAAAUAUCAGUCUUAUCUUUCAUUUAAGAAAUUCAGAAGAUACAUUUCUUUCAAUAAACUGUAGUGUUAUCUGUAGUUAUUCAUUCAAUUAUAGUAACAAUAUUGAAAACAUAAGUAUUGUUUCUAAUAGCGUUUCUUUGAUUGAAUCAUUUUCAUUUAACAAAUGCCAAAAUCUCAAACAUAUUAACUUUCCAAUGUCAAUUAAAACAGUUCAAUAUCUUGCAUUUAAUGAAUGUAAAAACAUUCAAUGUCCUAUUAUUAUUGAGGAUAUAUCGCAUAAAUUUAUUAAUAUGCUUUCUCAAUCAGGAAUUCCACGAAGAAUAAUUUUUUCAUGUGUCGCAAUAUACGAAUCAUAUGAUUUUCGAAGAGUGAAAUCCAUAUGCAAUACAUCUGCCAGUCUUUUCUGGAAAUACCUUAGUAAAUGA